AUGCCGACCCUCAGAAACGGAACCCUCUCAGCACUGCCCUGGCGGGAGUUUGUGCUGGAGGGCUUUAGAGGAGGGGUGGAGGUUCAAGCUCUGCUCUUUGCUGUCUUCCUGGCCCUCUAUGUGCUGACCGUCCUGGGCAAUGUCACCAAGAUCGUGGUCAUCACCCGGGAUGCCCGCCUGCACUCCCCCAUGUACUUCUUCCUCAAGAACCUGUCCUUCCUGGACCUCUGCUACUCCUCCGUCAUCGCCCCCAAUGCCCUGGCCAACUUCCUCUCCUCCAAGGCCAUCAGCUUUAGGGGAUGUGCCACCCAGCUGUUCUUCUUCUCCUUACUGGCUACCACUGAGGCUUUCCUCUUGGCUGUGAUGGCCUAUGACCGCUUCUUGGCCAUCUGCAGCCCCCUGCAGUACCCUGUGACCAUGUGCCCUGCUACGUGUGUCCGCCUGGUGCUCGGAGCCUACUGUGGAGGCUGCCUCAACUCCAUCAUAGAGACCAGCCUCACCUUCCAGCUGCCCUUCUGCAGCUCCAACCGCGUAGACCACUUCUUCUGUGACGUGCCCCCCCUGCUCCGGCUGGCCUGUGCCAACACGGCUGUCAACCAGCUGGUCAUGUUCGGCCUCUGUGGGCUCAUCAUUGUGGGCACCACUCUCGUGGUCCUGGUCUCCUAUGGCUACAUCGCAGUGACCAUCCUCAGGAUGCGCUCAGGAUCUGGGCGGCACAAGCUCUUCUCUACCUGUGGCUCCCACCUGACAGCCGUGUCUCUAUUUUAUGGAACUGUGUUUGUGAUGUACGCCCAGCCAGGAGCCGUGGGGUCCAUGGAGCAGGGCAAGGUGGUCUCCGUCUUCUACACCCUGGUCAUCCCAGUGCUCAACCCCCUCAUCUACAGCCUGUGGAACAAGGACGUGAAGGAUGCCCUGAGGAGGCUGGGACAGGUACACAGCCAGGCCGAGGAUGGUGUCCCCUGAGACACAGUGUCCAAGGGCCUAGAUGGGCGGAUCAAAGGGCUCUAGAACUACACUCUGUCCCCUCCACCUUUCCUGCUUCCUCUUCUUUCUUCCUCCUUUGUCCACCCUGCGUCCCGCCCUUCGUCCCAGCACAUGGGGACUAGCAGUCGCUAAGCAGGAGAGUGAGUCCUGCCUGCUCUGACCUUCAGAAGUGUCCUGAGCAGGGCUGGGCAAGGCUGCUCCCCUCGAUGGGAAACACCUGUGGGCACUUUCCUCGGUGCCUCCACAGGACCCCUUCAUGGGGCAAGCAGACCUGGGGGGCGCCUCUGUGGCCACUUGGAGGAGACGAGUCAACAUCCCUAGCAACUUUCACAGACAGUCCCUCUCCCCGACAGCCAGGUGGCCACUGCAGGGCCUCCUGCCCGCACCUCUCUCUUUAGGCUCCUGAUCCACCCCACUGUCAGAGAGAUGGGUUUCAAGUGACUCUCCCAACUCAGGCC